AUGUUCACCCCCUUCUCAUGUUCACCCCCUUCUCAGGUUCACCCCCUUCUCAGGUUCACCCCCUUCUCAGGUUCACCCCCUUCUCAGGUUCACCCCCUUCUCAAGUUCACCCCCUUCUCAGGUUCACCCCUUCUCAGGUUCACCCCCUUCUCAGGUUCACCCCCUUCUCAGGUUCACCCCCUUCUCAGGUUCACCCCCUUCUCAGGUUCACCCCUUCUCAGGUUCACCCCCUUCUCAGCUUCACCCCCUUCUCAGCUUCACCCCCUUCUCAGGUUCACCCCUUCUCAGUUCACCCCCUUCUCAGGUUCACCCCCUUCUCAGGUUCACCCCCUUCUCAGGUUCACCCCUUCUCAGGUUCACCCCCCUCUCAGGUUCACCCCCUUCUCGGGUUCACCCCCUUCUCAUGUUCACCCCCUUGUCAGGUUCACCCCCUUCUCAGGUUCACCCCCUUCUCAGGUUCACCCCCUUCUACCCCCAUGGCCAUGUGCCUACCGUCCUUCUCCCACUGUCCUACCUCACCCUCCUCCAUUCCCCCUCCCCUUCCCCCAUCUACCCCUCCCCGCUCCCUCCCCACUCACCAAAGAGGCCCAGUAA